AUGUCCAAGAAAGGGCGUGGGAAGGCUGACAAGCCUGAAGCCCUUAUAGCCGCAUUACAAGCUGCUAAUGAAGAUCUUAGGACUAAACUGACUGAUAUACAAAUAGAAUUUCACCAGGAGAAAUGUAAGGUUAGUAAACUCGAACGGGAAAAGGUACAAGAGGUGAAACGUAUCCGAGAGCAGGAACAGCACAAGCACACAGCAACCGUCACGGACCUAAAAAGCAAACUCCACGAGGAUAAAAUAAAAGAGCUGCAGUCUGUCCGCGAGACAUUGAUAAAGCAACAUGAGCAGGAACUGGCUCGCACUGUUAAAAUCAAAGACAAUGAGAUUCAGCGAUUAAAGUCACUUGUGAACGCGCUGCGAGAUGGUAGCAGUGACAAAGUAAGAACAGCAUUGUUUAAUGAGGCCCGGGAUGAAGCCCGGAAGAUGUUUGACUCUGAGCGCUUGAAACUGCUGCAGGAGCUGAACGAACUGAAAUCCGCCAAGAAACAGGUGGAAGAAUCGCUGAACAACAUGAUCCAGUCCGAUAAGAUAAAAGCUGGAAACCUGAGAAGUGAGCACCAGUCUCACCAGGAGGCCAUUGCCAAAAUCAAAUGGGAAUCUGAGAAGGAAAUCCGAAGGCUGAUGGAUGAGAUUAAAGCUAAAGAUCGAACAAUCUUCUCCCUGGAAAAAGAGUUAGAGGUGCAAACAGGUUACACACAGAAGCUUCAACUCCAGAAAGAGGCACUCGAUGAGCAGUUGUUCCUGGUGAAGGAAGCAGAAUGUAACAUGGGUGUGAGCAGCCCGAAACGUGAGAUCCCAGGCACUGAUCGCCCAGGCAGUCCGGACCUGCGAAGAAAUCAACGCAAGAUUGCAGACCUGAACUCAACAAUUCGGAAACUAGAGGAUAGGAACACGCUGUUGGUAGAUGAAAGGAAUGAACUCUUGAAGCGAAUUCGUGAAGCCGAGAAACAAUAUAAACCUCUACUGGAGAAGAACAAGUGCCUGUCUAAGAGAAAUGAUGACUUAACUCAAUCUUUACAACGUGUGGAGGAGAAACUCAAAAUACUUUCAAAGGAAAAUACAGAAAUGAAAGAGAAAAUCAGUUGUCAUGCUCCGCUGAAGAAGUUACGUUCCUUAAAUGAUCUUGACCAAGCCCAUGAAGAGCAAGAAGUGGAAUUUUUAAAGCUUCAGGUUCUUGAGCAGCAGAAUAUCAUUGAUGAUUUGACCAGGGACAGAGAACGGCUGCUUCGUCGCAAGAGGCACAAAAGAAGUACAAAGCAUAUAAAGAGACAUGUAGUAGAGACAUGUUUUGGAUUUGAUGAAGAAUCGAUGGAUUCAGAAACAUCUUCCUUGGCUUCCUACAGAACAGACAGGACACCAGCAACACCAGAGGAUGAUUUGAAUGAAAGCCUCGCGGCUGAAGAAUCUGAGCUCCGUUUCAGGCAAUUGACGAGGGAAUAUCAAGCACUCCAGAGAGCAUACGCGCUGCUGCAGGAGCAGACGGGAGGGAUCCUGGAUGCAGAGCGGGAGGCAAAGGCUCAUGAACAAUUACAAGCUGAAGUUCUCAGGUGUAAAGCUAAAAUUGAUGACCUCGAAAAAGCCUUGGCUCAGAAAGGACAGGAUUCGAAAUGGGUUGAAGAAAAGCAACUGUUUAUGAGAAGAAAUCAGGAACUUUUAGAUAAGAUUGAGAAACGGGAUGCCGAGGUAGCCCAGCUGCAGCAAGAAGUUCAGGACUCUCGGGAUCAGAAUGAGUUGUUAGAAUUCCGCAUCCUGGAACUCGAGGAGAGGGAGAGAAGAUCCCCGGCCUUUAACCUCCAGAUUACUCCUUUCUCAGAUGGUGUGAGUGCCCUUCAGAUCUACUGUAUGCAAGAAGGUGUUAAGGAUGUCUCCAUUCAUGAGCUCAUUAAACAGCUGGACAUACUGGGAGACAAUGGGAAUCUGAGAAAUGAGGAGCAAGUGGCAAUUAUCCAGGCGAGCACGGUGCUGUCUCUGGCAGAGAAGUGGCUACAGCAGAUUGAAGGUACAGAGGCUGCACUGCACCAGAAGAUGAUAGAUUUGGAGAUCGAGAUGGAUAUGUUUUGCAAACAAAAAGGUUACCUGGAGGAAGAGUUAGAUUAUAGGAAACAAGCCCUGGAUCAAGCAUACAUGCAUAUCCAGGAGCUGGAGGCUACCCUGUACAAUGCAUUACAGCAGGACACAGUCAUCAAACUGGGGGAGUCGCUGACUGAGAAGCAAAAGGAUGAUUUGCGAAUCGCCGUGGAGAAAUUGAGACGUCAGAUGCUCAGGAAGAGCAGGGAGUAUGACUGCCAAAUCCUGCAGGAGAGGAUGGAGCUCCUGCAACAAGCACAUCAGAGGAUACGGGAUCUGGAAGAUAAAACCGACGUUCAGAAACGGCAAAUCAAAGAUCUGGAGGAAAAGGGUACUGGAUGGUGGAAAUGCUUCCACAAUAGUGAAGAGCUGACCUUGAAUCAUCCUUCAGCUAGGACUAAUGGAAGUGAAGGAAAGCAGCCAAGAUUAUGCUUGACAUUGUCUGCCUUCUUUGCCAGAACCACUACCCGAGAAUCCUUUCGCUCGACUCUCCCUACUGAAGAAAGUCGCAAGCUACUGUACCUGCUGCAUUUGACUGCAUCUGCAUCGCAAAUCAAGAAUAUUUUGAAGCCAAACAAUUCCACAUUAAUGGCAAUGAUACACAGAGAGAAGUGUCUUAGACAACGAACCAAAGUGAAGGAAAACAGCCUAUCCCUGCCGUGCAGGGGAACAUUAAAAUAUCAAACUCUCACUGCAUUCAGGACUCAACAUGAAAAAAGACAAAGGGAAUAAUUUAGGAUUAUGAAUUUGUAAGAAGAUUUCUCAGAGAAAAACCCACGAGCAGUGAAGAAGCGUAGAAAAAGAUAAACCAUACAGGGGUAAAGAACAUCAUAUAGAAUUACAGGGAUUCUAUUCAUUUCUUCAACGAUGGUAUCACUCAUGAGGGCAUUUCUUGACCGAGAAAAGGUGUAAUAAGUCCUUUAGAAAGAAAGGCAGACUUUGUGAAGUUUGGGGAUUGUAUCUCAAAAGGGAAGUUAGUUGUUUUAUCAGAAGAAGCUUACAUGAAGACCUAGUCAUUGAGGAGCUGUGUUAACAUGUAUGUGAACUGUUGUGCAAGUUUACGAUGAUUCGAGAUCUGUCAAUCUAAAUUUUUCCCUCAUAGCUACGAAUAUAUUAGCUCAUUCAUUAUUGUUUGUUGAAACAAAUGGACAAAUGCACGGGGAGAUCAAGGGUAAAACAUGCCUUUCACCGCAUUGCAGUGAACUUGACCAAUAACCUGCCAUGGUCAUCUUCAUUUUCCUCCAGUUGAGUUACUUCCUUUCCCAUAUUUCUGAAGAGCAUAUACUUACUCUCUCCAUGCAAACCGUUUUCCGUAUCACCGUCACGGUUAAUGGAGAGCAUAAUCACCACCGACAGAUGCCUUUGCUGUUUUUAUGAACUUUACUGAGCUGCACAA